AUGGCGCUUUGGGUUCAGGGCAGUUUGCCUCUUGCUACUCGGGUUGACCUGGUCUGGUGUGUGUGUGCGCGCGCUUUGCAGGUUAUGCGGAUGACGGUGGAGAAUGGGAAGGAGCCAGAGAAAGGAAUUCCCGUCGGGUUGGCUCCGCUGAUCGGCAUUUCCGGUUGCGGUCACUAUGCUGAAGGGUUGGUAGCCUGCGACGCGCGCUAUUUAGUGCUCAGAAUCAUUCCUACAAGGAGGACAGAAGGUGGCUAUUGCUGGAGUGAAGUCGUAAGUCGCUUCGUUAUGCUUGGGACUGAGGACGUGAAGACGGUGGACUUUCCCGUGGCGGAUCCGAGUCAUGUUCAGAGAAUAUAUGUUGCGAUGCACUCGUACUCCAUUCAUCAACCUCAUGGGCUCACUACCUUUGUUUCAAUCCUAAACCUAUGGAAUAUUCCGAUGUGUUGCAAAUUCCCCACGGAUUUUGCCUACGCUCAAUGGGACCCAUCCUACAGUGAAAAGCAUGGCUACUAUACAUCGGAAUACUCCCUUGAUGCAGGAAUAUGCGACAAGGGAUUCAACCCAGGGUCUCCCGAAAUCCUUGCAGUUGAAGAUGCCCCUGUUGCACCUUCGUUGAGUGACAGCUGCACGCUGUCAUAA